CUCCCUCUCUCUCUCUCUCUCUCUCUCUCUAGUCUCUCUCUCUCUCUCUAGUCCUAGGUUUCAAUUUCUUCUUCUCUGUCGAAGAAAGGAGAGAUUUUGGUUCCUCGGUUUUGAUUUUCUUGAUCUUCCGAGGCUGAUGAGAGCGGCUGAGAGUUGAGGAGGACGCAAGAAAUGUGGGAUCUCAAUGACUCGCCCGAUCAGGCCGUGCGGGACGAGGAAUCCGAGGAUUUCUCCGACAGGGGCAAGCGUGUCGGGGCCGGAGGAGGAUCCGUCUCCAACUCCAGCUCCUCCGCUGCCGCAGCUGCUGUGAACCCGGAGGAGCUCGCCUCCGAGGACGAGGAGCUGGAGGACGACGUGGAGCCGGAGGACGACGAGGACGAGGAUGCAGCGGACCCCGGCUCCGCCCGGAAGCGGAGCAGCAGGAUUUUUGGGUUCUCGGUCCCCGGGGACGACGACUGCCCGCCGCCCGUGACCCUCCAGUUCUUCCCUGCGGAAGGCGGCCGGGAGGAAGACGACCCUGCCACUGUUGCCGGUGCAUCGUCAUCAGCUGCCGGGGGCUUUCCCCGAGCCCACUGGGCCGGCGUGAGGUUCUGCCACGCCGAUCCCACUGCUGCAUCGGCGUCGCCGCUGCCAUCCCUGGAUGUGUCCCAGCCGAUGAAGAAGAGCCGGCGGGGACCCCGGUCGAGGAGCUCGCAGUACCGGGGGGUCACGUUCUACCGGAGAACCGGGCGAUGGGAGUCCCAUAUUUGGGAUUGCGGAAAGCAAGUUUACCUUGGUGGAUUCGACACGGCUCAUGCGGCUGCUCGUGCCUAUGAUAGAGCGGCAAUCAAGUUCAGAGGGGUAGAGGCAGAUAUUAAUUUUAGGAUUGAAGACUAUGAGGAAGACAUGAAACAGAUGAGCAAUCUGACCAAGGAGGAGUUCGUGCACGUACUUCGCCGCCAAAGCACAGGGUUUCCGAGAGGAAGCUCGAAAUAUCGCGGCGUCACGUUGCACAAGUGUGGCCGGUGGGAGGCUCGAAUGGGCCAGUUCCUCGGCAAGAAGUAUGUUUACCUGGGACUGUUCGAUACAGAGAUCGAAGCUGCACGGGCUUAUGACAAGGCCGCGAUCAAGUGCAACGGAAAAGAUGCUGUCACGAAUUUUGAUCCGAGCAUCUACGAUUGUGAACUCAACCCUCCAGGAUCUUCGGGUGCCAUGGGUGAGCAUAAUCUUGAGUUGAGCCUGGGAAGCUCAGCGUCCAAGCAAAGCAGUACCAAUCACGAUUCCCGGGGCAAUAUCCCAACCGAUCACCAUUCAGCAGCAGCACAAUUCGAAGCUGAAUGGAGGAACCGGGAAUUCAUCCCCAAGUUGAGUUUGCAGCAGCAGGAACAAUGUGAGGCUGAGACAUCUCUUCUGCUAAGCCAAACACACCUUCACUCACCAUCUUCAUCUUGUUCGAUGAGAUCAGCUGAUGAUCAGAUGCAAAGAUAUGGGCACAUCAUGAGGAAUAAUAAGCCUUCUCCUAUGCUGCACCUCCUCCCCCCCAAUUUCAGCUCCCCCAGUUUCCCCCAUCAAGUUCAGUUUCCAAGCAGUAGCAAUAGGGGAAGGAUGAUAGGGGGAGGAGGAGGAGAUCAUCUAACAAUGAGCACAAGCAACCAACAACAACAGCAACAGCAACAGCAACAGCAACAGCAGUGGCAAUUAUCCGGUGCUCCGCAACUUUAUGGAACUACUGCUGCAGCAUCAUCAGGAUUCCCACAGCACAUCACCAACACCAGGCCCACCCAUCAUCAUCAUCAUCAUCAUCAUCAUCAGCAUCAGCAUCAGCAUCAUCAACAACAUCAAUGGCUGCAGAAAAACACCAACCCGGCCCCGACCCCGACCCCCACCACCACCACCAAUAAUGCUACUAAUCCCAGUAGCUUCGGGUUCCAUUUCUCCCUCAUGAGGCCCUCUUGAGUCCUCAACCGGAUGUCAAUUCAAUCCGAGUUGAGAUGCACGCCAAUCGCCGUGGCUCAUUUUACUCCUACCCUGAGCCACGAGGUCGUCGAGUUUCUAGCCGGUCUGGAACCGGCCUGGGCCACCCAAGUAAGAUCAUGUUGCGGGUCCGUCGGACAUGAGAUAUUUAUGCAGUUGAAAUUGUAAUUAUUAUUAUAGUAUUAUUAUUGUUAUUAUUAUUAUUAUUAUUGUUAUUAUUGUUUACCAAGAAGAAAGAGUUAUCCAGAUAGAACUCUUGUGGUCAACGGUCAAACUAACAAAGGGUAGGGGAGAGGGAGAGGGAAGAGAUCUUAUUACGACUAGAUCUUUCUAGGGUUCUGACUGACCGCUUGCUGAUCUAAGCCAAGUGGAGCAGAAUUUACCUCAGAAGUUCAAAUUUUUGCUGCCCAUGAUGGGUCAUUUUUAUUUUUGUUAUAAUUUAUUAAUUAAUAAUUCCAUAUAUAUUUCUACU